UCGGUCCUCCAGUGUGCAUGCUCCCCUCUCCGCAUCCUCAUCCCUCUCUUCUCUGCCUGCUUCUCCGAUUCUCUUUGUUCGGGAGUGCACUCUGACCCUUGCGGGGCUGAGCUGCUAUUGCAAGCCGAGGCCUGCCGCUACUGCUGGGGAAGGGGAUUGCCUAACUGUUUACGUGCGUGAGCGGAUAGCACCACCGGUAGAGCAGAAUUCCUGUACCUGCGGCAGUGGUGGGGAAAGGAGCCAUAGAGUCCUAUGACGGGAACGGCCGGUAUUGACGCGGCGGCAGGUCCUAGCUCAGCCGGGGAGCCCGUUGCAGUGGGUGCUGAGGUCCCUGAUGAAAACAACUCCACGACACUGGAAAUGUGAAAGAUGGGACAGCAUGAAGGCUCCCUUUGGUGUGCACUCACUACACUCGCCAUGACGCCCAGCAGAGGACUGUGGAUUUGAAGUGGGAAUCACUGCUCUCCCCUCAUGGCCCGGACUGGGGACAAGCCGGCCUGCUGACGCUAUGGGGAGCUGCAGCAGCUGUCUCAACAAAGACUCCGUCCCAGACAACCACCCAAACAAAUUCAAGGUAACAAAUGUUGAUGAUGAAGGUAAUGAACUGGGCUCUGGGAUCAUGGUACUGACCCAGACAGAACUCAUUCUACAGACACACAAACGUGAUGUAGUGAGGUGGCCGUACCUCUGUCUCCGUCGGUAUGGCUAUGACUCCAACCUCUUUUCCUUCGAGAGUGGCAGACGCUGUCAGACUGGACAAGGGAUAUUUGCUUUUAAAUGUUCAAGAGCAGAAGAGAUCUUUAACCUGCUUCAGGAAUUAAUGCAGUGCAACAGUAUUAAUGUUGUCGAGGACCCGGUGAUAAUCACACGAAAUGGACACCCCACAGAGUUGGAGCUACCCCGUACUCCUCAGACACCAAAUACUCCAGCAUAUACUGUUCAAGGCUUCCCUAAUGGUUUCCCAGGUUAUUCAGUCCCAGCAGAGCUCAAGUCCCAUCCAUCAAUUCGACAUCCCUCUGUUGGCAGCAUGAAACACUCUAUGAGUGAGGAGUCUACCCGUGCUUUGAUUGGAGCAGAGGAUCAGUCGCACACAUAUGUGAAUACGACCAAUGUGGAGAAGGAGCUGAAAGGAAGACAUUGUGUGCACUCUCUUCCUGAGGUACAUCCCUCCUACCAUAGUACAUCAGGAAGCCUUGGAAAUUACCGUAGUCACUCCAUGGAAGAUCGUAACCCACAGGUUUAUUUACAUCCAGGGGAAGUGAAGUUUGUCCUAGGACCAACACCAGCCCAACGAUGGAUGAUGGAACGAGAAGGCUUCUCUAGGUUUCACAGGGAGCGACAGGAUUGUAUGGGGCGCAACUGCUUUGGUGAUGUAGACCCACACUACAACAACAAUGAGCAAAAAGAAAACUGCAAAUUAGCUUAUGAGAACAUGAAUGGCCUUUUGCCCCCUGGAGCCCUUGGAUUCCGGCGUGGUGGCCGAUUUAAGUUUGGGGGAGAAGGACCACCUAUGAACAACUGUAACUAUCGUAAAACAGCCCUACUGCACUAUGAAAACCUCCCUUCUUUGCCACCCGUUUGGGAGUGUCAUCCACUGACUAGGGAAGAAGAGGAUGAAGAGGAAGAAGAUGAAAGCACGAUGACACCUUCCUUUAAUGGCUACCAUGACAAGUCCGAUCCUUUGUGUGACUAUGUCAACACUGAGAAUGUGACACUACAACCAGGUCUUCACAGAGCAGACUUUUCUCAGCAUCAGGAGUGUACACCAAAUGUGUUCAGUUUCGACUUUCGAAGACCGUACCCUGAGCAAAGGCAGCUGAACUACAUUCAGGUAGAGCUGGAAGGUGGGAGUGACUCUGAAAACCCUCAGACCCCCAGAUACCCUUGCACCUUGGUUCCCUGUACCCAGUCCCAGCGGACUGACUGCUAUGCUGUGAUAGAUAUUAAAAAGACUGCUGCUAUGUCCAGCUUACAAAGAGCACUGCCCAGGGAUGAUGGGACUUCACGAAAGACUCGGCAUAACAGCACUGACCUGCCUCUGUAAGACAGACUUCUAAAAUCCCCAUUCUGCUUUCAUUGUUGAGUGAUGUACCUGAACUUGGUUUGGAGACAUUUGUACACCACCUUUCUAUGUGUUGCUUGCCUUACAGUUUGCCAUAUCCUACAAGUUACGCUUCACUUCAAUUUUAUUCCAACUUCAGAAUGCGUGUCUGCACUGUUGAGCAAAGCUCAUAUUUGAGAGUCUUCUACCAGGGCAUGAACUGGUAAUAAAAAGCAGGAAUUCUCCUGGUGGCACUUCA